AUGAAAAAGGGAGCGAAAUUUGUGGUGGCAGGAGCUACAAAACGCAACAUUAAUGAGAUCCUGAAGUUUCCGGCGAGUGCUAAGAAUAACCUACCUCCGACCAUUUCGCAGACCAAUGUUUGGGAUCGCUUACUUACACAAGAUGAGAUUAGUGGUAUGUCCAGACAAGAAAACUGUGGUGGAGGAGCUGGGAAUGUCCUCGAUUGGGAAGAUUUUGGAAAGCAACUGAAUCUCAACAUAAUAUAUUCACCAAAAAUGAUCAGUCUCAAUGUGCAACCGCUUCUGGAUCGAUGUUCUAAU